GAAUUUGUGCAGUACUUAGUUUUGGGUCAACCCUAGUGAGUGAGUGUUUUGACCGACUUCCGGGUGCUCAUGUGAUUAUUUUUUGCAGGACUGGAGGGGGUGUGGAAUGGCAAGUGACACAUACCAGAUAGUAGUGCAAGGCGAGGCGUCAGAGACCGACUCAGAUGAUGAGGUAUACAUCACUUCCCUCUCUCCACAUUCAACUGCCGGAGGGCAAAAGGUACCAGGGGAAGCGUCUGAGACUGACAGCGAGGGGGAGGUUGAGAAAGUACGGAAAUGUGUCAUUCCUGCAAGCUCUGAAAACCCACAAAUAUUACACAAGGACUUAACUCCCCUGCUUGUGAUCAGAGAUAACCCUGACGUUCAGUCCGUGGUGGAGGAGUUAGUUGUGUCUAGGCCUGAACACAGUGGGCUCUACUACAACACUUUACUUCAGCUGAAAUUACAGGAGAGCAAUGCACGUCUGUGCACGGAUGUGUCCCAGACCAUCAAACAGGUGUAUGGUAAUGCCACAAAGGAGAUCCGCAUGGCCACGACCCACCUGAACAUAUCCCAGAACGGCAUCAUCAACGCCUCCCACAGCAUCCGACUCAUUCUGGAGGACCUCAAGUCCGUCUCAGAGAAAAUGGACAUUAUCACCAGCUGUUAUCUGCUCCCCGAUAUUACCAUCCCCUCCUCUCCCACUACCCCUAUUCUCGGACAGUGAUGUUCCUCAUUCAUUGUUUCAUAUGUAUUAUGUAGGCUAAACAAUGGGAUAUCGUUAUUUGUAAAAGGCACUUGCAUUAGGUGAAUACAUUUUGCAUGCCAUUAAACUAUUACUGCUCCAUGUUAUUCAGAUAGCUUAUUCAUUGUAGUUGGUCAUAAUGGAUGCUUAUUGCUAUCAAUCAUAUGUUCAAGUAUUUAGCUCUUCACAACCAUAUGAGUUGUCUUGUCAAUCACUGUCUUUUCCAAUGCACCAAACCUUGUGUAGGCCAAGUGCACAGCCCACUCUUGUGGUGUCAGCAAAGCACUGCAAGGGAUGCGACCGCUGUGGUCAUUUUUGCGUAGAGUUAGAGUUGAAGAAACAACAGAAUCCCCAUUUACUAACUAAAUAAUGACAACAUUGAAUUCUAGGUUGUUAUCAUUGUGCGUUGCUGUAUUCACAUGUCAGUCAUUGAACUGCAAUAGGCCUCUACUUUAGAGAACAUUUUAAGGAACAGUUUAAAACAAUUUAAGAUACAGUGUAAUCCUUCCAAAGAUAUAAAAAGUGUUACAAAAUUGAAGAUUUUAUUUUAUCCAAUGGGAUUCCGGAGGGUUUGAUUAGCCAUUAUUUUUGCAGUCACUGACAUGUCGGGUGAGACUGAGCAUUUGGCAUGGCACCCAGGAAGUGCGAACUGAAAGUGAUCCAUUCUCCCAAGGUCAUCUGAAGGGCAUGUCUGAUCUCACUAUGGCUGGGCGGUAUACCGUAUUUUACUAUAUACCGGUUUGGGUUUUUACUUUACCUUCUAUAACGUUAUUUUAAUGUUUGGUUUGUUAAAUGUGAUACGCCGUGUGUAACGUCCAUUUUUAUAGUGUACUCCGCUACUUGAGUCAUCCCUCCACUCUCUCUCUCUCUCCAUGCCGCUUUCCACACAGACCUAGUUCCACCCCCUGUCACUCAAGGAGCUCAUUUGUUGUUGCUUGACCACGAGACACUUUCAGUCUGCAUGGUCAAUGCAGCACAUGCAACAAUGUUGAUGACAAUGAUGUUGUUUCCACUUUGAUCUUAAUAAAAUCCACAUGCGUUCUAUAAUUACAA